UUGCCAGAGUUGAAGCAGAUCCUGACAUUUUACCCAGAACAAUAACAUUUGAAUUGGAUGUCACAAAAUUCUUCCAAAAAUUUUGCUCAGAAAAAGAUUUUCCUUUAUCAUUCUUUAAAAUUGCCACAAUGUGCUGUCAAAUAAUUCCUGAAAACAGACCUAGCUUUGAUAGAGUAAGCAUCUGGACAGAGAGUCUUCUGGUUCAUUUGGAGCAUGGUGGGCCAUUACCCCCAGAAUUACAGGGAGACCCUAUAGAAUUUUAUUAUGCCGUCAGAGAAGGAAGAGCUCCCAAGAACUCUGCACAGUUCGAAAACAAAUCUAGAUUAUCAUUGGAUACUAUCACUGAACAAAACAAAGACACAUCUCAUGAACUCUCACAGACUAAAAAAUUUGUGAUUGAAAAUAUCGUAGAAAAAACCAAACACGAAUUUGGAAGAGACAGAAGUUAUAGUGAAAAUUCUGUGUCUAAAUCCUCCGACUUGUUGUCUGUGACUUCUUCAAACGCUGAAGAGUCCUUGAGUGACAUUGAUGCCUCUGCUGAUGUCUCCUCCAUUUUGGACAGACUUAAUUUCCAGGAAUGUACAAGUGAUGUGGAAAUUUCCAGUACAUUUGGGGAUACCAAACUCUCUCUGCCAAACCACUGGACUUUACCCAGUAACACUGAUAUUGACAGUGAGUGGGAUCAAGUCUUGCAGUGCAAUACUACAAAUGGUGAAGAACCUAAUACCACAUGUUGUGAUGCAAAUGUUUCCUCUUAAUCUUUGUGCAACAAAGAGCUUGAUAAAGGUGAUAUUGCAUUUUUAGGAAACACCUUUACACCGAUAUAAAGUUUCUCAAAGAUGGAAAAUGUUUUUAGCUCUACUGGUUAGAGAAAAGUGUAUAUGUGAGAGCAAGGUGUCUGUUGUCUGUUAACAUUUUCAAAAUGCUACUCCUCCUACAGAUUUAGUUUGAUUUCAAUAUAACUUGGCACACAAGUAGUCUUUACAAAGAUACAUUAUACUUUUUAUCAGUUUUUGAUUUCCUUGAAUGGAUUUGCUAGCUAAAAAUAGAAAUUUCUGUAAAUUUCUUUUAAAAGGUUAUUCCUCUUACAGUUUUAAUCUGAUCUUAAUUUCUACAAAAAAGGACUAAAUCAAGGAUCAUUAUUCUAUUUAUUGCUGUUGCAAAGUUUCAAGUCCAACUGCUACACUUUUUCCUCAUUUGUUAUAAAUAAAAACCAGUAGAGCUACAGUCUUGACAGAGACUUCUGGUUGUCUUACGUGAAAAUGAACCAUACAUUCAGAGAUUUAUUUAUAUUUACCAUACAUAGAAAUUAACCAAAAUCAUUUUAAUUUUUCGUAUCUUGCCAAAUUGUAAAGUCAUUCCAUUUGUUUUGCAUUUUGUACAGUUUGAAAAAUAAAAAUGUGAUACUACAUAGCAUACCAGUACUUUUAUGUAUCAUGUUAACUGGUAUGUUUAUGCUAUACACGUAGCAUCCCAGUUAAGAUUUUAAAGGCAAGCCAAUCCAUAAGUAAUAUAUACAUGUAUACUCUUCCUGGACCAACUUGCAUGGAUGUUGAUCAUAGGAUGCACAAUACAGACUUGCUUUUGAUGCUUUAGCUUCAAUUAUAUCUUUAUGUUUUAAAUUUUUAAAACCUUUGCUUUUAGAUAUUGUCUUUUGGGAGCUUUGUAAUCUUUGAUUUGCAGAUUUACAUUGACCUUUAAACGAGGACUUUGAGUUGUUUAAAUUGCAACUUCUAUUUUUAUUUUUAAACAAAAUCUAAUUUAUGCAGUGUGAGAUGUUUUUCGUUAUAUGUUAGUUAUACUUGAAUGGUAGACAGGAUUAUUUAAUGAUAAGGGGCUAUUUAUUUCUUUUAAUCGACAUUUUUCUGUAAUAAAAAGUAGUAUCAAUUAUCCCUUUUUUUUUUUAUUUUAAACAGUUUAACUAUAACCAAGUACUUCAAAAUAUAUAUGCUUUAACUUGUAUUUUGUAUUUAUUAGAUGAAAAUUUCAGAAUGUAUUAAAUUAAAUGUGAAUUUAAUUAAUUUGGAGAUUAUAAGGAUCUGGGACAAAAAUAAUAGUAAAUUUGUGAGUCUUUAACCAUUAGCUCUUCUAAACCACUUUUUUCAUGUUAACUGAAGAAAAUGGAAUUUGAACAACCCUGACCUAAAGCACUUCAGAACAUUCCAGUUAUAUCAUAGCUUCAAUCAAUGGUCUUGAUGUUAAGUGCUUCAAGUGUAUGCAAUUUGUAUUAUGUUAUUUAUGUGUUAAUUUUACCAACAAAGUUAUGUUUAGAGAGGUUUAAAAAUGCGAAACAAAAGUUUAUCAGGAUGCUAUAUUAAUAUUUAGGAAAUAUUCAUGUCAUGUGGAGGUAUAUUUUAUAUGCAUUUUUUUUUUGCCUGCUUUUCAGUUCAUAACCAAUUUAAGUGAUAUAUAUAUAUUGUUUGGUGCUAUGUUUAUUUUUCUUACUGUUUUAUGCAGUUUCAUUUUAUAUGCAUUUUGAGAAUGUCCAUUUGAUUUAAAGGUAUAUGAAUAUUGUUUUAUAAAUUGCAGAUAUUUUUGUAAAAACACGGACAGAUAAGAAAUAAAAAAGAAUUAUACAGUUA